AUGGAUAGUCUGUUGGAUGAUGACAUUGUUACAGAGAUGGAGUUGAUGGUCGAUAUGUCAUGUCAUCGAUGUGUCGACGAUAUCACAGAGAAGAUAAAGUCGAGUUCACUCAAGAAAACAGAGAUAACCGGUGCCGAUAUAGGUGCGCAACGAUUGUUUUUAAAGAGUGGUGCUGAUCUGGCAGUCGAUAUUAUCGAGACCAUCAAUAGAACGACCGGGCGCAAUGCAACAUUGAGUGGGUUCGGUACAAAGGGCAGUGCUGUAUGCUCGGUUGGCGUAGCCGAGGGUUGGGAGAAAGGAUGUGGAGGUGCCGGUGGUGUCGGAAGUGAAGGUGUUCACGGAGUGAUUCGAGUAGUAGAAAUAGACACAACUAACACCACCACAACACAUAACAAUGGUAUACUAUUCGAGGGUAGAAUCGGUGGAUUGAAACCCAAUACCAAACACUCCAUUGCCAUACAUCAAUAUGGUGACUUGACCAAUGGUUGUGAGAAUGUAGGUGAUAUAUACAAACCGAUAGCAAAAACAACAACAAAUACAGAAUUCAAUGGUACAUCAAUUGCAAAUGAAGAUGGAAAAGUUGAAUUUAGAGUUUUAAAUAAAGAGUAUCCUGAUUUUUGGUCAUUAAUUGGAAGAUCUAUUGUUUUGCAUUCGAUGAAAGACGAUGGUAGAUCAUUGGAUAGACGUAUAGCAUGUGGAAUCAUUUGUAGAGCAGCAACCAUCGGACAGAAUCCAAAGAGAAUAUGUCCAUGCGAUAAUCAACCAACAGAACCGAUGACUGCCGAGCUAAAAGCAGCUCAAGAUAAACAGUUUCAACAACAACAACAACAACAACAAUCACCUAAACUUUAA